UGACGAGUGGCCCGAGCUUCGCAUGGGCGUGAAGAACCAGUGCGGCGGCAAGUACCAGUCACCCAUCGACAUCAAAACGCACGAGACCACCUACAACGUCUCGCUGGGCCUUCUUCGGUACUCCAACUAUGAUAAAAAUCUGCAGAACGCCUACGUUUUGAAUAACGGCCACACAGUGAUGGUGUCCCCGAAGGGAAAUAGCAGCGCAACGGUGACUGGGAGAGGCCUACCAGGAGUCUACAGCUUCAAUCAGUUCCACUUCCACUGGGGGGCCGACGAUACCGUCGGCACCGAACACCACAUUGAUGGCGAAGCCCAUGCCAUGGAGAUGCAUCUGGUGCACACUAACAAGAAAUACGCCACGGCUGAGGAAGCCUACAGACAUUCUGAUGGUCUCCUGGUUAUCGGCGUGCUUUUCGCGGUCUCUCGACAAGACAACCGGGCGUUGAACAGCGUCGUGCAUUCGCUGGACUUCAUGCUCAAGCAGCACAUCAACCGAGCGAAGCUGUCCAAGGCCAUCUCGCUGGCGGACCUACUCCCGGGGAAUCCGAGGCAGGCCUACUUCUACCGGGGAUCCCUCACAACGCCGCCCUGCGCUGAGGCGGUCACGUGGGUUAUUCUCAAGCGUCAGGGGAAAAUAAGCGAAACACAGUUGAAGGCAUUUCGUCAAUUGGAAGUUGAAAGUGCGGUCAAAGGAGACUACGAGCCUUUGGUGAACAACUUCCGGCCAACUAUGCCACUGCACGGGCGACACGUCAGCAGGAACUUUCUCAUCAUCCCGCAGUAUUCCAAAGGAGAGGUCAAGGCAAAUCAAUGA